AUGGGAUCAGAUCGGAGAUGGAUGUAUGCUAGGUUAAAAGAUGGUCUAUUGACCUCAGAAUUCAUAGAAGGUAUUGAACAAUUCAUAACAUUUGCUAAGCAACAUCCAGAGUGGAUGGAUGGGGAUAAACUGAAGUGUCCAUGUAAUCAUCGAAAGUGUCAGAAUCGUAAUUAUGCCGAUGAGAAUACAAUUCGGUUACAUUUGAUGAAGCAUGGAUUUGUGCCAUAUUAUUAUAAAUGGAUUCUACAUGGGGAACCCCGCACAAGUGAUAUUGAUAGUCAAAACAUAAAUGUUAUGAUAGCGGAGUCUGUUCAAGAGGUUGAUAAUAGCACAAGCAAUACCUAUGAGCAAAUGGUAAUGGAUGCAGCAGGUCCUGAUUUCUUUCAGGAUGUAAUGGAGGAGCCUCCAAAUCCAUCAGCUCAAAAAUUGUAUGACAUGUUACAAGCUGCUAAUCAAGAGGUGUGGCCAGGUUGUGAAAGCCAUUCGCAGCUCUCAGUUGUUGCAAGGAUGUUGAACAUCAAGGCAGAACAUCAUUUGUCAGAAAGGUGUUUUGAUGACAUUUGUCAACUUAUGAAAGAGGUGUUACCGGAUGAAAAUUUAAUGACUGAAAACUUUUACAAGACGGAAGAAGUUGGUUCAAGCAUUGGGUCUACUGUUGAGAAGAUUCAUUGUUGUACUAAUGGAUGUAUGUUAUAUUGGGCUGAAGAUAGUGAGUUAACGAAUUGCAAAUUUUGUGACCAUCCACGGUUCAAACGACAUAGUCGAGGCUCUUCUAAUUUUCAAACCAAUGUGCCACAUAAGAAAAUGUACUACUUUCCUCUCACACAGAGAUUGCAAAGAUUAUAUGCUUCGAAUGCAACAGCAAAAGAAAUGAGAUGGCAUGCUGAGCAUGACCAUGAAGAUGGGGAAGAGUAUAUGUUCCUAACGGUAAUAGUUCCUGGUCCGAGAAACCCAAAAGACAAAUUGGAUGUGUACUUACAGCCCCUUAUUGCAGAGUUGAAACAGUUGUGGGAAGUUGGAGUUGAGACAUAUGAUGCAUCAAAGAAGAAUAAUUUUAAUAUGAGGGUUGCGUUAUUAUGGACAAUAAGUGAUUUCCCUGCAUAUUCAAUGUUAUCCGGUUGGAGCACAGCAGGUAAGACUGCUUGUCCAUAUUGUAGGGACGAUUCAGAUGCAUUCACAUUGACAAAGGGUGGUAAACAAUCAUGGUUUGACAAUCACCGUAAAUUCUUACCAGCUAACCAUCCUUUCAGACGGAAUAAAAUUGCUUUUAGAAAGAACAAGAUUACAAAAAGUGCUCCCCCCAUUCUAUCUGGUGAGGAAAUUUUAGAACAAAUAGAACAUCUAGGAUUAAUGUGUGUCACAGAUAUGGGUGCAGAUGAGAAUAACAGUUGCAAAGCAAAAAACACGGGUUGGAAGAGACGGAGCAUUUUUUGGGAUUUGCCAUAUUGGAGUACUAACAUGCUUCGCCACAACCUGGAUGUCAUGCAUAUAGAGAAAAAUGUAUUUGAAAAUAUUUUUAAUACUGUGAUGAAUGUUGAAGGGAAGACGAAGGACAAUGCAAAAUCAAGGGAAGAUUUGAAAGAGUUUUGUCACAGACCUGAGUUAGAGAGGGAUAUGGCAACAGGAAAGUAUCCUAAAGCAUGUUACACAUUAGACAAACAAUCAAAAGCAGUGUUGUGUGAAUGGCUUAAAAAUCUUAGAUUCCCAGAUGGUUAUGUGUCAAACAUGGGUAGGUGUAUAGACAUGCGAAAACUAAAGUUGUUUGGGAUGAAAAGCCAUGAUUGUCAUGUCUUUAUGCAAAGAUUACUCCCAAUAGCAUUUAGGGAAUUGCUUCCAAAAAAUGUGUGGCAAGCAUUGACCGAAUUGAGCAAUUUCUUUAGAGAGUUAACUUCAACAACACUUAGAGAAGAAGCCAUGUUACAGCUCAAAUGA